AUGUACAAACCAAUUCGUCCAAGGAGAAACAGCUUACCAAGCAAUGUACAUAGAAGUAAAACAAAAAAUGUACCUAAACCAGAGUUCAGUCCAACUAAAAAUUCUAAAGUGAUUCAUGAAUCAAAGAAACCCAAAUCAAAAACGCCUAUUUGCGUUAAACAACUAAAUUAUAAUGAAUCAAAUACAAUGAAUGUUAGGAAAUUUAUGGAUCAUAGUUUGUCGGACGGAGAUGAAAUUAUGGUUGAUAAAACAAAUUUUCACAAAGUAGCUAAAAAUAACCAAGUAAUAAAAAUGAAAAGACCUCAAUUGUUAUGCUCACAGCCUAUUGACACUCCGAAUAAAUAUCUACCUGAAGUGCCAUUACAUCACACUCCCCCAUCUUACGAAUCCCCGCAAAAAUAUGGUCCUUACAAGAAAUUUAAAGAAGAUGAUAUACAGCAAUUGGUUAUUGAAAAAUAUGCCCUGCUCAAACAACUUAUGAACAUCGAUGAACGAUGCAGCUCACCUAAUGGUGAUAACUUUUAUGCUGGUGCCAAAUUCAAUAAUUGUCCGUCUCCGGGAGAUUUACCAUUGCCACCAAUGCAAUGGCUUAACUCUUGUCAAGCACAAGCAAAAUCCAUGCAAAAAUCACCUCUUAUCUUCAACAUAACUAUCUAA